AUGGGGAGUGUGCGAAGUCACCGCUACAGCAUUGUGUCCUCUGAGGAAGACGGCAUGAAGCUGGCAACUAUUGCCGUCCCGAAUGGCUAUGGAAAUGGCAAUGUCAACAAGGUGCACACAGAGCACCAACAUCAGAGCCGCUUCGUCAGGAAGGAUGGUCACUGCAAUGUGCAGUUUAUCAAUAUGAGUGAGAAAAGCCAGCGGUACCUGGCAGAUAUCUUCACCACCUGUGUGGACAUUCGCUGGCGUUGGAUGCUGCUCAUCUUCUGCCUUUCCUUCCUGCUGUCAUGGUUGUUUUUUGGCCUUGUCUUCUGGCUGGUGGCCCUCUCUUACGGGGACUUGGAGAAUGAUACUCAAAUAUGUGUUUCCAAUGUGGACAGCUUUACUGCUGCCUUCUUGUUCUCAGUGGAGACCCAAACCACUAUUGGCUAUGGGUAUCGCUAUGUGACAGAGGAAUGCCCUGUUGCUGUCUUUGUGGUUGUCUUCCAAAGCAUUGUGGGAUGCAUCAUUGAUGCUUUCAUUAUUGGUGCUGUCAUGGCCAAGAUGGCCAAACCCAAAAAGAGGAACGAGACCCUGGUGUUCAGCCACUUUGCCACAGUGGCCAUGAGGGACGGCAAACUGUGCCUGAUGUGGCGUGUGGGGAACCUGAGGAAGAGUCACCUGGUGGAGGCCCACGUAAGGGCCCAGCUCCUCAAGUCCCGUACCACUGCAGAGGGAGAGUUCAUCCCUUUAGAUCAGGUAGACAUCGAUGUAGGCUUCGAUAGCGGCAUUGACAGAAUCUUCCUAGUGUCUCCAAUCACCAUUGUGCAUGAGAUUGAUGAGGACAGCCCAUUCUUUGAGAUGAGCAAACAGGAGCUGGAGUCAUCAGAAUUUGAAAUUGUGGUGAUUCUGGAGGGUAUGGUUGAGGCCACAGCCAUGACUACUCAGUGUCGGAGCUCCUACGUGGCCAGUGAGAUCCUCUGGGGUCACCGCUUUGAGCCGGUGCUCUUUGAAGAAAAGAACUACUACAAAGUGGACUACUCUCGCUUUGACAACACCUACGAGGUUCCCAGCACGCCCCACUGUAGUGCCAGAGAACUAGCGGAGAAGAAGUCCAAUGCCUCCAGCUCAAGGAACUCCUUUUGUUACGAGAACGAGGUGGCCCUUGAAAAAGUAGAGAUGGAGGACGAGUUUGAGGAGGAUGAAAACAGGGAGAUGAGGGAUGUGGAGGUUGGUGCACUUGAAGACACAAACACAGAUGUGGUUUCAGACUCUGAACACAAUCUGGACUCUUUGCCUUUAGAAUCAAGGCCUUUGACAGCAGAAUCAGAGAUAUGA